AUAGCAGCUUGCGCUCCUGGGAAUGGCUUACACUAUAGCUGAUGAACUGUUGCCAGAUGCCAUCUGGAACCUCUGAAAUCCACAGAAUGAAAGCAAGCAACAAAGGGCCGGACCCAUGGAAAAUGCUUCUCCGAGUACACCCAUUCCAGUGGAAGUAAAGGAGUGGAGGCGCCACCUACAACAUUCGUUUGACAAGCUUAGAGAUCAUUUCUGCAGGCAAUAUGUCUUGAGUUUCAUCUAUUCAAGAGAAGGAAAAACACGAUUGCACGCGCAAAUAUAUUUGAGUGAGAAUGGGGAAGACCAGUAUUGGGAUUCUGAUCCCCUGCCAUCACUUCCAUUUCAGGCUUUAUUUGCAAAGUCGCAGCAGUUAGGUACUGUAGCUGGAGAUGUUUUACUUGGAAGAGAUAAAAUACAAAAGAUAUUGCUCGCCAGGCUUACAGAAACAGUGGUGAUGUGGUUGUCGGAAGAUCAGGAUUUCUGGAGUGCAUUUGAAGAUGAUUCAUCUGCUAUUCAGCCACUUGGUUUGCAACAGUUGAUUCUUGAUAUGUACUUCACCGUUGAAAUAGCGCGCUUUGCUGGUUAUCCAUCUCGGCAUGCGCACCAGAUUGCAUCAGCCAUCAUUGCCCGUGCAAUCAGGACGUUUUCUGCUAGAGGCAUAGACCCUCAGAGUCCACUCCCGGAGGAUGAAUGGUUUGUUGAAACUGCAAAAUCGGCAAUAAACAAGCUUCUGGGAACAUCGGGUUAAGACACCUCUGAAAUUGACGAGGACCACAUCGGACAUGACGAUAUCAUCUCCGAUUCUGAUGAGUCUGCUUCUUCUCUUUCGACGG